GUUUUCUCCAUCAGAUAGCCAACUGCGGAAUUUCACUGGCCCAUAAACUGUCAGAAUAAAAUACUUUCCCUCUUCCCUCUUCCCUGUUCGCUCGCUCCCUCUCUCGCUUCCCUCUCUCCCUCCCUCUUGUUCUUUCGCUCACACACACAGUGACAGCUCCUGGAGGGCUCUUUUCUCCUCCCUGCUCCCUCGAUCCCCUCACAUCCUUCCUCAGGGUCUGUCUUUCUCUCUUUUUCUCCCUCAGUAGAUUUUACACCCUGUGGACUCUGUGAAAACUUAACCCUUCGUUCAAACUGCAGUCAACUCUUCCUUCGGUUAACCCUACGUUCAAUCUUCUGUCAGUCCUUCCUUCAGUUAACCCUGCGUUCAAACUGCAGUCAACUUUAUUCAGUUCAACUGUCACUUCUUGUCAUUCCGAGCCUUCAUCAGGACCACUCGACGCUGCGAGAAGUACUUGUUCUUCCAGGAGCGCUGUGCCCUUUGGUGUUGUGUCCGCUGAAGCAUGUGUGUGUGUGCUCCAUGGGCUUGGCGUUAGCUGGACUUCUCUCCUCUCUGUAGGGUGUGUGAUCAGUGAAGCAUGGAUUCAGCAGAGCUACUGCUCUAUCAGUCUCUCAGGCUGCCAACAGGACAGGCUGAUAGCAGGACAUGCUGAUAGCAGGGUCUCCUAGGGCUGUGGACUCUGUGGUGACUGUGGUCUCUGGAUUUCGGUCUCUGUCUGAAAGUGGGGUCUGGUGUUGGAUGGGCUUGUUGAACAGUGGACUCUGCCUCAGUGGAUCAGCCUUGAUACAUUCCUUUGGCUUCUACAGUGGUUAUUCACAGACUUUGUCUAGUGGACCUUAGACCCUCUUUUUUAUUCCCUGUGUGAAGUGGACUUUGUUCCAAGAGGACCAGUCAGUGAGUCUGUCCAAUGUGAUGAGAACACCCUUGGCAUCAUCCUCCUCCUGGCUGUGGCCAUCUCCUAUGGGCCAGACUGAUACCUCCCUUCCCUCUGAGGUGUCAAUGAGGCUGUGUGAGGCUCCAUGCACCCCCCCAUCAUGGAGGUCAUCUUCAACCUGAUAACUGCUGACCCCUCUCCACCUCCUUCCCCCAUAACCAUUGAGCGGUUGGAGGUGAGUGGCUUGGCUCAGACCCCCCAGGCAGUGUUGUGUGGCGCAGAUGGGUCGUUCCUCGGGGGUGAAGAUGGCACCCCGGACCCCCAGCGCACCAAGCAGGCUAUCGCCCAGCUGCAGCAGAAGAUCCUCAAGCUCACAGAGCAGAUCAAGAUUGAGCAGACGGCCAGAGACGACAACGUGGCCGAGUACCUCAAACUGGCCAACAACGCUGACAAGCAGCAGAGUGCCCGCAUCAAACAGGUGUUUGAGAAGAAGAACCAGAAGUCCGCCCAGACCAUCCAGCAGCUGCAGAGGAAGCUGGAGCACUACCACCGCAAGCUGAGGGAGGUGGAGCACAACGGGAUCCCUCGCCAGCCCAAGGACGUCCUCAGGGACAUGCAGCAGGGCCUGAAGGACGUGGGGGCAAAGGUCACAGGUUUCAGCGAGGGCGUGGUGGACAGUGUCAAGGGAGGCCUCUCCAGUUUCUCCCAGGCCACGCACUCCGCCGCCGCCGGCGUCGUCUCAAAGCCCCGGGAGAUUGCCUCGCUGUUCCGCAACAAGUUUGGCAGCGCCGACAAUAUCCCCGGGCUGAAGGACUCCUUGGAUGAUCCGUCAGGGGGCGAGGAGGGGGUGACUGGGGCCGGGGGGAGUUCUCUGGGCAGCGCAGCGCACCACCAUCUGCAGUCCAGCCCCAAGUACGGCAGCGAGGAUGACUGCUCCAGCGCUACGUCGGGGUCGGCAGGGGCCAACAGCACCACAGGGGCUCCCGGAGGCCCCCCCAGCUCCAAGGGGAACACCCUGGAGAGGAGCCAGAGCUCUAGCCUGGACAUGCUGCUACAUGAGGUGCAGGAGGGCCAGGGGAGACUAGAGGAGAAUCUGGAGGGGCUGAAGAGUCACUAUCAGAGAGACUACACUGUCAUCAUGCAGGCCCUGCAGGAGGAACGAUUCAGGUGUGAGCGUCUGGAGGAGCAGCUGAAUGAUCUGACAGAGCUCCACCAGAAUGAGAUCCUCAACCUGAAGCAGGAGCUGGCCAGCAUGGAGGAGAAGAUAGCUUACCAGUCCUACGAGAGAGCCAGAGACAUACAGGAAGCUCUGGAGGCGUGUCAGACGCGUAUCUCUAAGAUGGAGCUGCAGCAGCAGCAGCAGCAGGUGGUCCAGCUAGAGGGCCUGGAGAACGCCACGGCCCGGACACUGCUGGGGAAACUCAUCAAUGUCCUCCUGGCCCUCAUGGCCGUGCUCCUGGUGUUUGUCUCCACUGUGGCCAACUGUGUGGUCCCUCUAAUGAAAACCCGCUCCCGGUCCUUCUCCACCCUCCUCCUCAUCCUCCUCUUCGCCUUCCUCUGGAGGAACUGGGACGCGCUGUCGGGCUACACGCACCGUGCCCUGCAGCUGCCCAGAUGACCGAAUAGAGACAUGUGUUUCUAUGACUAUGCGCGAGGGUGGAUACUCUGUCCACACACACACACACAGAAAGCAGGAAGAGCCUAACUGCCAAUGGGAUGUGGUGGUUGUCUUGACGGACGCUGAAUAAUUAGUCUAUCGGUUGAGCUCUGUGAGGCAGGAUUUGGACUGAGGAGAAAGUGAGGGAAGGAUGGAAGAUGAGAAUACCACUCAGUCAUGACUUUUGUUUAGGAAGGAUGAGACUUUGUUUACAUUCAGAAAUAGUGUUUAUUUCUUUCACGGGAUGCAUCGUCAUACUGUUUUUCUUCUAGGGGUUAAUCAAGUAUAUUAUUGUUGUUUAUUAUUUUUUCUAAUAAUAUAUUAUUUUUUACAUUUUAUUCAGUACCAUGUAGCGUUAAGCUCCUCCCACUCUGCACAAAGAGGAGCUUGUCAAGAAACUGAUUGGACAUUCACCUCAGAGGCUCAGGCCCUCUGCAGAUAAAUGGUACUCUGAUUUGGUUGCCUUUCAUAAAGAAAGUGCUCUACCGGUCUGUUAUUGGUAGAAAAUGAAAAGAUGAAUGAAUCCCCACCUCGCACUUUUUCCACCAUGAUGGAUUCUGAGAUGAAAAGGAACUUUUCUACAGAGUACUCUUUGUUUUCCGGACACAAAAGACUGAUGGACAUUACUUUGAGUGUCACGCUAAGAGACUUCUCGUGCUUCCGUACUGUUUCUACUAGCAAUGAUUUACGUCCUAUUGAAGGUGUCUUUUCUUUUUUUUUUAAAGGAGAGUAAAUUAAUUAGGAGAGGUCAUUUUAAUUAGGAGAGGUGAUGUAAUGAAUUCUAAUGACUUUAGAGAGUGGCACCAGCUUAGACAAGAGGGAGGGUUUGACAGUUAGGGCCACUCACCACAGAGCCACCAGAGACCAUAGGUACAGAUAAGGCCACUUUGCAGGAAAUGUGGAGUUGCCAUGAUAUUGCUUUCACUGGUGCUCAUCCAUUGUGUCAGCUGAAUUCCAUGUUGGAAAGGCAGAGACUGUCUGCCAGACAUAGACAACUGUCUCCACUGUCAUGCUACUGUUGUUCAAUGCACUGCCAGAAUGAAGAAUGUGACUCACUCCAUCACAAUGGCUAAUUCUGAUCUUUUUUUAACUAAUUGUUUUUCUGACCGAUCAGCUCUGAGAAAAAUCUGAUGUGAAAGGAUCUAAUGUGAUUGGUCAAAAGACCAGUUAGUGGGUAAAAGAUCAGAAUUGGGCUGCCUGUGUAAACGCAGCCUUACUGUCCUAUCUCUCCAUCUCUCUCCUCAUUGCCCUGUUUUUUCCAGCAUACUGUCGUUUGUGCCAAAACUGUCCUAUUUCAUAUUGCCAGAUCUGUAUGUGCUUUAUUAGCCAACUCCUCUGACUCUCAAAGUCAUGACAUGACAGAAGAGUUGGCUAAACUAAGCACACACUGAUAUGGGACCAGGCUAACAGAAUAUACCUUUACAAGGUUGUCUGGGUAAUUGCUCUGAGACACUCACUGCUAAUAACCUGAUGUGUGUUUCCUAAUCCUGGUCUUUGAUUACUGCUGGAUAUGAUGGCUUUCUAUCCGUCUUAUCCUACCAUUCAUCUGUUCAUGGAGCUUCAGUUGACCUAGAUGAUAUGAAUGAGUCCAUCUGAAGUCCAUUCUGACGCUUGUUUGAUGAAGAUAAUAACUUAUAGUGGGAGCUGCAGACCAGCGUUCCGUAGUGUUAGGACCAGGAUGUUUAGGAUCUUUGAAACAGUUUUAAACCAGAAACUGCACUGAAUUUAUUGUCAGUCUAAUCACUAAAUAGAAAUUAAUUGAAGUCAAUGGAUAUUGUUAUUACACACCAAUCAGUUUAAAGAUACUGAUCAUUGUUGUGAUCUUGAACGUUCCCCAGGUGAGUGGCUCCUGAGCUGACCUCUGACCUUGGUGUGACUUUGCCGUGACCUCCGAUGCAGCGUGGUAGGGUAGGGUUGUGUGCUAAACCACUCCAGUGCCUUCUGAUGUGGGAUAAUAAAGGUGCAUUCCUGACUAACUCCUGGCCCCCUGACUUGUGUGUGUGUUGAGGAUCGGAGGAGUUUGGGGUGUGUAGCUCUCUCGUAGGAUUGGUAAGCGAUUAUCUCCUCCAUGCUGGCCAGCUCCUGCUUCAGGUUAGGGAGGAAAUGGACCAAUAAGAGCAAUUAUUUAAAGCAAAGUAAUGUUGGAAAACAGAUUCUUAAACUGCCUGGACCACACUAUCUCUGGAUGAAAUGUUUAAUUGAGGAACAAAGUAGGCUGAUGGUGUUUUACAGUGUUUAAUGUGAAUUGAUUAUAGUGUGAAUAAAUAAGCCCUGUUGAAGUUUGUAUUAAUCCA